CUUCUUCUGUACUCAAUUAGUGCGAGUUUUGUACGGGGUCGGAAUUUAAAAGCCUUCGGUCAUCCCAGACUCGAUUCGCUCCCGAUUCCACACCCGCCUGCUACAUCGGGCCUCCCCAACUCUGGUUACGCCCCUUCGAAUUCGAAAAGCAAUAGAAAAAAAUCAGCCUAGAACUACGUAAGUACGAUGGGUCUUCGACAAGGCCCGUGGCAUAAUGAGUCCGAAUUACUAUUCUAUCAGGUAGGACUAUAAUGCGACAAUAUUUCGUGUAUCCACUAUUAUACCAGCUAUCCUACUGUAUCCAUGAUUUUAUCCCCUUACUGGUUGAUCUAGUAUCACCUUGAAUAGGUAGGUAGGUUAGUUCGUGUACGUGCGUGGGUGACGAGGUUCUCUGGUGACUCGACACUCGACGCUAGAACAUAUAAGACCAUAUAUAACUACCUAGGUAUAUAAUAGCAUAGAGAGAUAGAGAGGCGCAUCUUUAGCAUCAGAGUUUGCUAAACUGCUGAACUUUGUGUUGCCUUCAUUAGAUGUAAGACACAAUACUGAGCCCUCCCUUGCUUUGGCUUUCUACCUUCUUGUCAUUCCCCGUGUCUCUUUUUCCUCUCUUGUUUACUUUGUACUCCGUCAUCCGCCCCUCGUCCCCCACAAGAUACCAUGGCCGAGUCACCACCACGGAAGUCAUCCGAGAAGGAGGUUAGCCCUGCGACGGCAGCCGUAUCUAGCGAUGUAGAACAGACAGCCGGUGCCAAGCCGCGAGCCGAACUCGUCGACGAAGCCGAAAAGAAUUUCCAGCCUAAGAGUAUGAAGUUUUGGUCUGUUAUGCUCAGCAUAUUCCUCGCCCUAUUCAUAGUCGCUCUUGACCGAACCAUCAUCGGUACCGCCACCCCUCAGAUAACACAAGAGUUCAACAGUCUGGGAGAUAUCGGUUGGUAUGGUUCGGCUUACCAGUUAACAUCGGCAGCUUGUCAGUUAUUGUUUGGCAGAGUGUAUAGGUUUUACGAAGUCAAGAAGACAUUCUUAUUCUGCAUCGCCUUCUUCGAGGUCGGUUCCGCCAUAUGCGGUGCAGCACCGAAUUCCAUUGCUUUUAUCAUCGGUCGGGCCAUCGCUGGUGUAGGUGGCGCGGGUCUCUUCACCGGUGUCUCGGUUGUCAUGCUUCCUUUAGUCCCCCUUCGAAAGAGACCCAUGUUUCAGGGACUCUUUGGGUCGAUUUUUGGUAUUUCGUCCGUUUUGGGGCCUUUGGUUGGUGGUGCCUUCACUACCCACGUCAGUUGGAGAUGGUGUUUUUAUCUCAACCUUCCCAUCGGUGCAGUCGUGGCGCUAUGCUUUCUAGUAGUCAAGAUUCCAACGAGAAAACCAGAACCCGCCAAAUUCCGGGAACAUUUAACUCGACUAGACCCCCUCGGGACCUUUUUUCUCGUCCCAAGUAUCGUCUGCCUUCUUCUCGCAUUACAGUGGGGUGGAUCAACUUAUGAGUGGGGAAAUUGGCAUAUUAUUCUUCUGCUAGUUCUGUUCGGCGUUCUCUUUCUGGCCUUUGCGGCAGUUCAAAUAACGAUGCCAAAUACCGCGACGGUCCCCGUUAAGGUGAUCACACAACGGAGCAUUGCGGCAGCGACCUUAUUCAUGUUCUCGAUUUCUGGGCCAAUGAUGAUGGAUACCUAUUUCCUACCAAUAUGGUUCCAGGUUGUCAAUGGUGUAAACGCCGUACAAUCCGGUAUCGAUACAUUGCCUCUCGUAUUAAGCAUGGUAGUGGCCAGCAUCCUAUCCGGUAUAACGACGCAAAAACUCGGAUAUUAUGUACCGUCGAUGCUCCUCUGCCCCAGUAUCUUGGCUGUUGGUCAAGGGCUGCUGAGCACCUUGAAGGUCGGCGAUUCGUCUGCGCAUUGGAUUGGAUAUCAGUUUCUCGUCGGUUUUGGAAUGGGAACAGGCAUGCAGGCCGCCGGUCUUGCCGCUCAGGCCGUCCUUCCCAAGCCAGAAAUCCCCACCGGGAUCUCCAUCAUGUUCUUCUUCCAACAAUUAGGAGGAUCUGUCUUCACAUCAGUCGGGCAGAACCUUCUGAGCAGCUACUUGGUCAAACAUUUGGCGGAUAUCCCAGGAUUGGAUCCUAAGCAAGUCACCAGCGAAGGCGCCACAGAUGUUCUCACCAAGGUCCCGCUCCAAUACCAGGGGGCCGUAAAGCAGGUAUACAACGGUGCUCUUUCCAGAAUAUUCCUUUGCGGUAUGGGAAUAGCGCUAGUUGGUUUGCUGGGCUCAUUAUGCAUGGAAUGGAAAAACAUUAAGAAAAUUAGACAAGGGCCUCCACCGGAAGCAAACUCUUCCGAUGAACCAAAAGAAAACGGUUCUACUCCCACGACCGAAGAGCAACGCACUCCGAAUACGCUAGAUACGAUAGAAGAAGCGAAGCGAAGUUCCAUCAAAACAGACAAAGAGGAUAGUAUAUCUAGCGAGCCAGCGCGCCAAUCCUAGACGCUUAGGUGCUUUCGAGUGGCCAGCAGCUCGGACACAUUGAAGAUAUGAGGAACCCUUAGAAAUUUUUAUUACGGUUGACCUUGGGUGUUAUAUUGGCAUGAAGGUAUAGAAUGAAUUGCCACGGCGCAUUAGAAUUAUACCUCAUUUGCGGUUGUAAUGUAUAUAGUAGAUAGAUAGAUUAGAGAGAAUCUCCAUUUUGGUUGGGAUGGGCUGGGAGGGGAUUGGCAGGUAAUUCCACACCACUCUCAACAUGUAAAUAAUACGACAAUACCUAUAUAUAAUUCCAACUCGAAGGCGAGACAGAAAGUAGAAAAUGAUGCAUUGCCGAGGUGCAUACAAAAAGAUGACCAGUAAGCUUAUUGGGGGAGUUAAGGG